GCAGUCGCAUGCCGCGAAACCACGCGAACUGCCGCUCGCUACCACGCGGUAACCACCGGUACCAUAAAUAAUACGAUACUUUUAUCGUUCGAAUAAAAACUUCUUUCAAGUAGGCUGUAAGCAUGUAAACCUUUGCCUAAAUUUUUUUAAGUCAUAUCAUCUGUCAUUAAAGCGCGGGAAAAUAAAAAAAGAUGGCGGAUUUUUUACAAAAUUGUUAUUUUUAAAGAUUUUUGUUUUGUUUAAAAUGUGAAGCUUUUUUCUAAUUGUUAGUUAGUGUGUUUAUGUAAAUAUGGUGAUGUACUGGAGGAAAGUGAUUUUGGCGGCUGCCCUGUCCUCUAUUUUGGAUGUCAGCAGCGAACAAUUUGGAAAUGACGAUCACUCAAAGCAGCUACUAGAGCACCUGACUGAAUCAGAAAAAAUAUUCCUAUUUGGUGCCAACCCUAGCGAAGCACAAUUCGAAGUAGCACAUCUCAAGCAGCCAAAACGUCGUAAACGCUCACUACUAUACGACGACCAGGAUCUAGUCGGGCUGAAGAAGCACCUGGACAUCAAACUAAGUCCCAGGAACAGUUUCCUGGACCCUCAGUUCCUGUUGAUGAGAAGGUGGUCCAAUAACACUGAGCUUGUGUUGGAUCAACAUGCUGAUGAAGAAGUGGACUCGUGUUAUUAUAGGGGAGAUAAUGCAGCGCUGUAUGUUUGUGAUGAUGUGAGAGGAUUAGUCAGAUCCAACGACACUUACUACUUUAUACACCCACUGCCAGACAGAUUUCACGAUGAUCAUGCAAAAGCACAUGUCAUCGUGAAAAAACAAAUGAACGAGAACAAAGAUGAUGACGACUCAUGUAUAGAAAGAGACAAUAUAAUCGAUGACCCACAACCAGCCAACACAUGGAAGAAACAUAGAAGAAAACGAGAAGUACCAAGCAAUGUAAAUAAUAAUUUAGAAGGCUUCAAAGUUAAUUUAGCACAUAGGAAUAAAACUAUCACCGAUUUUAUACAAAAACUAUCGAAUGGAGCGCCAAGGCAACGAAGGGCGAUACUGCCAGCUGUGUUUGUGGAAACAGCAGUAUUUGUAGAUAGAGACUUAUACAAACAUAUGACUAUAAAUUUCCCAAAAGACACAGAAAGGGAAUUAGUGAGAUUCGUGCUAGCUAUGAUAAACGCAGUACAAUUGAUCUACCACGAUCCUUCUCUGGGAAGACCAGUGAAUUUCAUAUUGAAAAGACUGGAGAUUUUACACGAAGACCCAGCUAAUUUGAAAAGACCGCAUGAUAUAGACAGGUUUCUUAGCAACUUUUGCACUUGGCAAAGACUAGAGAAUCCGCCUGGUGACAAUGAUCCGUUACAUUGGGAUCAUGCACUCAUACUGACUGGAUUAGACCUGUACGUUGUCAACAAGAAUGGGAAAGUUAGCAGUCAAGUUGUGGGAUUGGCGCCAGUAGCUGGAAUGUGCACCGUCACCAGCAGCUGCACCGUCAACGAAGGACGGCACUUUGAAAGCGUCUACGUUGUCGCACAUGAAAUUGGACACAAUCUUGGUAUGCGCCACGAUGGACCUCUGGCAGACAACGGCUGUGAUCCGAGCGCGUAUAUCAUGAGCCCGACACUUGGCAGUGGCAAGAUUACCUGGUCGCAGUGCAGCAAGAAUUAUCUACAGAAGUUUCUGGACACAGUACAAUCGCGAUGUCUACUAGACCACGGAAACUCAGCCGGGCAGUUGGAUCACAGUGCUGAAGGCAUUCUACCCGGGGAACGAUUUGAUGCUGACCAACAAUGUAUGCUAAAAUAUGGACGAGGCAGUAGACAUUCGGGAGCUCAGAGCCUGGAAGACAUUUGCAGGGACCUUCACUGUCAACGUGAGAGGUACACCUGGACCUCUCAUCCAGCUUUAGAAGGAACACGUUGUGGCGAGGACAUGUACUGCAGAGGCGGUGAAUGCGUGGAACGCGAAGGGUCUACAGUAGUGAGAGGGGCGUGGGGUCGCUGGUCGGGCUGGUCGGAGUGUGCGUCGGCCUGUCUUGUGGACGACACGCACGCGCCCGCCGCUGCAGGCGUCGCUGUCGCCACUAGACGGUGCAAUAGAGCGAGACAUGAAAAGAACCACUGCGUAGGACACGACAAGAAGUACCAAUCCUGUCAUGCUCAGCAGUGCAGUAAUGUUCCGAGAAUGACGGUGCGAGAAUUUGCGGAUCAGAUCUGUUUGAGGGCACGUGAUGUGGAUCCUGAUCUUAUAGGAACUGGAUUGCAGAGGAUCGAUUCUGAUGACGUGAGCAGUGCGUGCGCGGUGUGGUGCGACACGCGCGGCGGCGGGUACAAGUCGCGCGGCUGGGCGCUGCCCGACGGCACCGCCUGCUCCACCGCCGCGCCCAUGUUCUGCAUCAGCGGCGUCUGCCAGAAAUUCACAUGCUCAUCGAACCCUGACACAGAAUUUUCGUUAAAACCAAGUGACUGUGAAUGGGAGGCCUUGAGGACUGCCACACCACCAACGACAUCGACCAAGACAUCAGGCACAUGGCGUCGCGCAGUGGGCGGGCAGUGGCGGCCCGCGUCAGGCUGCCACUACCACUGCAUCUCCCCAGGAGCUGGAGUCAGGCUCGUCACCGCCACCUCCAGGGACCGACCUCUGACCAGCAUACAGCUGUGCUCGCCUGAUAGUAGACCUGAGUCUGGUUGCACCCAAAGAAAGUCACCAUACCAAUACGCCACAAUGGUGUGUACCAAGUACAAGGAUAGAGUGAGAAGACUGUCUGGAUUGGGCAUGCAGAUAUCACCAGCUUUGGAGGAUCCGGACCGUCCGUGUCGCAUAGCGUGCCAGGACGAGCGAGUCUCCCAUCGGUUCUACCUAGUCAACGGACACGAGGGCUGGUUCCCGCUGGGAACGUCGUGUGGGAAGAGAAACGCUUCCUACUGCGUUAGCGGAAAGUGUUUGGAAUUCGGUCCGGACAACACGCCAGUGUCGGAGAUGGUGUUCACGCUGCCGCUGCUGAGCCGCGGCGGCAACGCCAGCGUGUCGUGGCGCACGUCCCGCUCCGUGUCCUCGCGACACCGGCGGCGACGGAGUCUCGGCGCGCAGCGGAUCACUGUCAAGGCCACGCUCGACCAAACACACCUCGAUGAUAUUAUUGCUAGGCUUAAUUUGACACACAAUCUGAACGACCACAUAACCUACUUCGACACGAUACCGGAGCACAUCGAGCUGGACUUCAGCAACCCGAUACACAUCGCGCCUGAAGACACACUGCUUCGGAAGAAACCUAGGCCAACGUGGGACUGAACUUUAAAUGACUAAUUAUAAGGUCCAUUUUACAACCUUAACGUAACCGACAUCGCACCUUAUAGGGUAAUUGCGAAACGAAACUUGAAGCUAUUGCAAAUGUCUCGCGGGAUUGCCCACACGACAAAGAAAUUAUAAUCAACAAACGAUAGCGCCUUUAAAACUACAGUGGCGCCAUUGUUCAGAAAUGGAAAUGCAAUAAGACUAUAAACUAGCCUUUAAUAGAUAUUUUGUUAUAUAUUAUUUAUGAUUUUGGGUACAUUUUGUCUGUUGUAUAGACUAUUGUCUUUCGAAAAAAUGGGUACGUUCUAAUGAGACCUUUUUUUUGUAUCGCGAUGGAAAUCUUCGUGGACUUCCCACGUCUUGGCUAAAACCAUUGCAGUGUUGCUCCACUGCCUGUGACCGUGACCGCUUCGAGCUAUCGCUAGCUGCAGGUCCGGCCACGAUAGCUCUGGGAGGCUGCUUCCCUUCCUGGAGUGGUGUGCGUGGAACACUACGCUAGCGCCUACUCCCGCCUGUACAGCGGACGUGUGACUAACCGCAGUCAGUCGCCCGCAGUCUCCUACGAAGGUCGUACAUCGGCUGCCACCUCACGGCGGUGACGACUGGCGGGUCUGCGGCGGGAAGUGAGAGAACUUGACUCUCUCUUCCUUUUGGCUGAAAGGCUUCCUUUGCCAAAAUAACUUGUUCACAGAAGGUCUUUCUAAUGAGACCUAAAUGAAGCCAAAUAAAACCUAGAAACUUCUCUGGAGUAAAGAAAGUUUUCUUAUCCAAGGCAUUAUUUUAUAUUCCAGUACUAUGAAAGAACAAAAUUUGUACAAAUAUACCUCUCUAUGAAUUUUGUUCCUAUGGUGCAAUUUUAGGACGUAGAUUAUAAUAGCGGCGGGAAGAGCAAACAAAAAUACACCUUAACCACAUUAGUGUUAAGUUGAAAUUCCAACGCACAAUACUGGAGUUACUUUAGGAGAUAAGCAUGUGAUGGAAUUUGAACAUUAACACAAUAACUUAAGGUACAUUUUUAUUUGUAUCUAGCCGUCGUUGAGUUGUUAAAACAAAUUAUAGUUUUAGAGUAAAUUUUGUAAAUACUUUUACUACAAUUAAUUAUUGUGAUGAAAUUUUAGUAAUUUAUUUAUACAUUAUAGACUUUUAUACCAUUGUUAUUAGGUAGGUUUUUAAGUGAAUAAAAAGAUAUUUUAUACCA